AAUCGACGCUGAAUAACAAAACUUGCAUUGGAUUUGUGAUCAAGUUUCCUGGCAACAGAACAGCGAGUGACGCCUUCACGACAAUAGUGAACAUCACAGAGACAGACAAACUCAGCCACCCUCCUUCUCGUUAUCAUCCUCAAUUAUCAUCGUCACCGUUUCCAUAACCCCGCUCGGGCAGGUAAUUCGUCUGAAUGAGCUGACGCACGGAAUUGGUCAGAUUCACACGCGGAGACUCGAUGGGUCAUGUGACGCCACUAAAACAUGUCGAUGUAAUGAUUGUUAACAGCACAGGUGCAAACAAUUUUGCGUGACGUCAUCAGCACACGUAAAGGCGGUAAUUGGUGACGUCACCAACAUAGGUGAGGAUUUAAACCCUGCGGGAGGCGGUUUAAAUGGUUCCUGAUCGUCGCUCUUUUUCCCCUCUAGAUCCCGGUGAGUUCCGUCUCCUCUCGGCGUCUCGAGUGGGGUGGAGACAUCCGUGGCUUCCUUGCUGUGAAUCUUUUCUGCGCUGCCUGUUAUCGAGCAUUGGCGCGGCAUUGAGGAAUCUCGUCAUGCCUUCGUCUGCUGCUGCCAUGGAGGAUCUGAGCGCUGUGACGGACAUCUUUGUGCGCGAGUUCUGCGCCAACUGUGAAGGAGGCGCGGGGAGCGUCUCCAUGAGGAAGCACGUGCUACAGAAUCUGCUCGUGAAGCACAUGCGGCCCUACCUGGCGGGUGCGUGUGACCCGCAUGAAGUGCGCAAGAUCAUGGGGGAUCUUCACGAGAACCAAGGCGCCAGUGUGGACUUCCAAGCGUUCAUGGCCACGUGGACGCGAAUCCUCGUGGCCGGCCAUGCCCCGUUCCAGGAGCGCGUGUUCCUCACCAAGGGGCCCUGUAGCCCGCCCAUUUCUGCUGAUAAGCCCAAAUAAAUCUCUUUAAAUAUAUACAAUGAUAUUACUAAUAAAAUUGCUGGCAA